AAAAUUGCUUUACAGUCAAAUAUAUAUUCUAUUUAAGUAUGAAACAAUAAUUAUUAAAUAUUUCAGAAAAUUAAACAAUGUCGCUGGAGAACAAACUUCAAGAGGUUGAGUCUGAUAUCUCCGAGCUUAAAUCCUUACUGGAGAAGGCAACCAGGCAUAAGGUGAAGGAGUUGCUUUCUGCAGAUGUUGGUCGUCUUGAGACUGAUCAGCGCAAUUUGAAAGCUGAGAUUAAGAAAGCUGAGGCUAGAAUUCAGGGUGAGAAGGAGAAUAAAGCAAAAACCUGCCCAGAAAUACAGAUCAAAGAUUACUCUUGGGAUCAGAGUGAAAAGUUCGUAAAACUUUAUCUGACUGGACUACAAGGAUUGGGAGAGCUGAACCCGGAGAAUAUCAAGGUCUCGUACACGGAGCAGUCACUAACUGUUAGGAUUGAAAGUUUGAACGGGAAAACUCCGCUGUUCAGCAUCAACAAAACCUGUCACAAAAUAUCUCCAGAUAAAUCCUAUUUCAAGAUAAAAUCAGAUUAUCUGCUCGUGUUCCUGAGCAAGCAUAACCCAGGCAGUAGUUGGUCUCAUAUCACCUACGCGGAGAAGUGUGCUGCAGACGCUAAGAAGAGCAGUGAAGGGUUCAAUGAUAAAGAGGAUCCUAGCGCAGGACUUAUGAACAUGAUGAAGAAGAUGUACAAUGAAGGAGAUGAUGAAAUGAAAAGAACCAUUGCCAAGGCUUGGACUGAAGGACAGGGAAAGAGGGGUGGAGGAAUGCCAGAUCUAGAUUUUUAAACAUGCUUUUUAAUAUUUCUAAAGUGGAAACCUAAAAACACACUCCAUUUUGUAAAUUAGUGCAAAGUCAUGGUUUAAGCGUGUCUAAUAUUCUUUUAGAAUAUAUUGCUUUUAAGAAACGGUAUUUAGCAUGUAAAUUCUUAUUCCAUCCCGUGAAUUGUAUUUUUGUGAUUUUUUUAAUAAACAUUUUUUAAUACAUA